CCCUAGCCCUAGCCUUAACCCUAGCCUUAACCCUAAACCCUAGCACUAAAUUGGUAACCCUAAGACUAAAUGCUAACCCUAGGCCAAGGGUUAGGGUUUGCUUUUAGGUCCAAUGCUAGCCGUGGGGUUAUGUUACCUUUACUGUAACUGUCAAGUUAUAGGCUCAUCUUUCUUUAAGGCUCGUGUUCAUCCAUUUCGUUUUGCGGCCCUGUAUUAUUGUUUUGAAGUCACCGUUGUCCUAAUGUUUCUUUCUUUUUCCGAAGACAAAGUGCAAACCAGCUGAAAAAAUGAACAGGGCUAUGCUCUUCUACUCAACUGAAGAUGACACACAAAAAUUCGGGCGCUUUUGAACAAAAAAAAUUAUUUUUCACCCGAAAAAGUCACUUACGUCAGUCUUGCACUAAGCCAUUCAAUUACCAAUCGCAAGAGUGUAAAAUGAGUUUUUUUGGAACAGGCCUGCAGAACUCCUACACAGUCCGUGACAUUUGCGCAUUUGCUCUUCUCUUUUGAUUUUAGGAUUCUCAACCCUUUUUGCUUCACACAUGUUUCUGAAAGGCACCUGAGGCUGUGUUAUUAGGAGGAAUUUUAAGUAGAGAAGCACUAUUUGACAGUGUUAUUACAUUUUUUGGGGGGGGAGGGGGGGUCAUAGGUCUGCUUAGUUUCCACUGUUAUCUGCAUGUUACUCUGCCGAGUUUGAUGUACCUAGAGCUUUCAUUUCUUUGAGCUUGUACUUUGUGUAGGCUCAUUUCUAUUGCAAGCUAUAUAUGCUUUUUUUAAUAUUAGUUCUGGGGGGACAAAGUUUGAACUACUGUGUGAACAAGUUGCUUAGUUGCGUUUUAUAUAUCAUGACAUCGGGCCCUGUUGUUUAGUAGGAACUGUUGUAAAUGAAAUUUCUUGCAUUAGCUGGAUCAAACUUUUACUUCUAGAGCUCAAUGUUUAGGUUAAUACCUCCUUUGGCCAUUCUGGCACCACAUAUUUCAAGUGUCGCUGUUUACAAGCAAGUCUGUUACUUUUUGAGGCUAUCAAACCAAAACACUUCAUAAAACUUCUUGAACACAUCUUCCACCAUUUUUUUCCACACAUUUGGGCAAGCUUCACGAAGGCUUUUUGCAUGUUACUGUGGGAUGUUACAAGGUGGAAUGUGAUUGGUUAAUUAGAGCUGAGGUCACUGAACUCAAUCUCUCACUCGGGCUCGCAGACGUUAUUUUUGGCAGAACCAAAUGACAGCUGGAAAUGUGUCUGUGUUCACAGGCUAUAAAAUAUGAUACAAUCCAAAUUUACAGUUUGGCUAAUGCUUGCUGGUUUGUAACUUUGUGCCUUGUUCUUCAGUUAAAUCUCCUGGGUUGAGAAAGAAAUCUCUAAACAGUGGUACAAAUCUAUUGGUUGCCAAUCAAUCCAGACUCAGUACAAGGUGGAGCACUAAUCAGAGUGAAAAUUUGGAGGCCUGGAUUGAACCAGUUCUCCACUGAAGAAAUAAUGUUUUGGCCUUUUAGCCCCCCUGCCCCCAGCCCCUGUUUUGCCAAAAAGAUGCACCUGCAAUGGAUUGGCCUCUGGUAACCUGUGGUAGAGGACUCUAUGUUAUCCCCCUCAUAUAGAUUAGCACUACUGCCCUCUCACUGCAUGCAGCAGAAGUCAUACAUUUUGAGCAUAUAUAAGUGGCAUUGAUGAGCAAGUCAACAGCAUAAAAUUAAUGGCAACAAAGUAAAAUAAAUGAAGUUUUUUCCUUUUUUGACUAGUUUAUUUGCCAUCCUUUCAAUCUGUCAAAAAAAUCAAACCAUUCAUGUACUUGGUUUGAUAUGUUGUGCCAGAAAAAAAAAAUUCAUACCCCUUUCACAGAAGGUUUUUUAGUUGGUCAUAAAAUCAGUGAGGGGGUGGGGACACUUGUUAUCAAGAUUUUAUGGUCUUUACCAAAUGCCCCAAGGAUUUCAUUUUGUCCUUUACACCAGCCAUGACCACCCUCUAUUACGUCUAGCCUGAGUCACAGACAGUCUCCAUCGCUAGAUUCUGUGACACAUCUGGCAGCACAGCAGGCCAGUACACCACUGGUACAUCCCCUAGAAUCCACACUGCUUUGCAUUUUCUUUCGCCAUUGAAAGUCAUUCCUUGCUUUUGCUUGACAGGAAGCAGAAGAUGAGUUUAGAUGCAUUAGCGAAGAGGAUUCUUGGUGUCACAAUGGACAAGUCUUGGAGAAUUCGCUGUAGCAAUUGGGAAGCAGAGCAGUUUGACAGAAGGCAGAUUGAAUAUGCCAUGAAUGAUGCCGUAGUUGCAAGUCACAUAUUUCUUAGCCUGGCAAAAGCAAAGGUAGAGAAGAGAAAAGUGCUUAGAACUGCUUGUAUCUCUGAGGAUUCCACAAGUGAGGAAAAAAAUGUCAGUGGACAUUUAGGAGCUGGUUUGAUUCAGGAUCAGAUCAGCACUAAACUGCCUGCCAACAAUUCUUCAGGAAAUAACAUUACAGGUACGUAUCACCCAACUUCAUUUGAAGAAGAACCUGACAUCGAACAUUCCAGAAGAACAAUUGAUGACCUUGAAUUUGAAGUUACAGAAGAUCAGGAAAAGUUCAUAGAAAACAGAAGUCAUGGGGACAAGAACAACAUUAACUUUGUUAAUAAAAGAGCAAGCUCUUCGGCUGUGCAAGACAGUGGUUCUCAAACCUGUGGCAAAAUCUUACAAAGUGCUGAAAAUUCUAAUGGUCACGAGUUUGAUGUGGAAUGUGAAGUUUAUAAUAUCAUAGCAGAUCUAAGUAAGUGGGAGUCAGGACAUGACGGGAAAGAAGGCUAUCUUGUUAGAGAAGAGGUUGUUGAUCUUCUACAAGACUCAUUCUUUUGUCAAAGAGCAAGCUCUCUUUGCCAGGGAGUCAUUGAUCUUGCAUUCAAGGAUAAGAAAGGACCAGUCAUGGUCAUAGAAAAAGACAACAAGAAAGAGGAUCCUGGAGAGAUUUUGGAUAGAAAACCUUACAAGAGAGGCACUAUAAGAAAGUCGCCUCUUUACAUGAACUGCAUGCUGGCCGCCCCUGAUGGAUCAAGGUUGUGCACACUGGAUCGUAAGAAGGCAGACUGGUAUAUUGAAAAAGGAAUUGGUAGGUCAAUAGCGACUUUGUUUUGUCUCAAUUGAAUGUUUAAGAUCUACCAACUAUUGUUCAAAUCAGUAUUAUUUAACUACUGUGUACUCCUGGUUUUCAAACCCUCAACUUUUUUAACCUCCCUAAUUUUCCUAAGACGUUUCUCCCUUUGGCCAAAAGAAAGGAGAAAUGCAUGAUCCGUUUAUUCAAACCUCCUGCUUUUUAGACCAAUUUCCAUGUCCUUAGCUGGCUCAAAACAUCGGGAUUCUGCUGUGUUAGUUGACAAACUAAGGUUUCUAGGCUUAACUAGGACCAUAUUUCUUAUUAUUUACAUGCUUGAUUUUACAGCAAGGCUAGAAGAAGUUGGCUUAGUCAGUACGGUUAACUUGUUGAGGAUAUAGCUUUUUUGUUGAGCCCUAACAUUUUCCUCCAGUUUCAAUGAUCAGGGGCACCUGAUGAUGUUUUUCU